GUUACGGGCUGGAAUAUGAGCCUAUUUUCAAAACCGGCGCUUGUGGAACGUAUAAUUAUUAUGUGUUGAAGUCGGGAACAAUAUUGUGAAAUUAUUCGUUUCAAAUUUAGAAGGAUUUCGAAUUUCAGUAUAGAAUAAUAACCAGCUAAGGCGUGAUAUUGUUAGAAGAUGGUUGCAAGUGUAGUGUUUUUCUUAGUGAUUUUAAUUGGAAUCACCAAUACAGAGGCGGUUGUCACAAAUGAAGAUAUCAGGGUAGCAAUUUUACAAAUUGUCAAUGUAGUUCGAGCGACGGGUGACAAAUUAGAAAAACACGAGUACCGCGAUAGGGUGCUCGGCGAGCAAUUAAAGAAAGGCCUGGUGAACAUCGAUAAGAGGAUAAAAAUGUUAGAUCCGCUCAAAGGAACCGUCGGUAGAUUGGAUGAAAGAUUGGCGGCAGUCGAAACGAUUUUAAUGCAAACGAACGAAAGAGAAAAAAUGCAAUUGCAGAGGACGUACGAGGCGGUCAUUGACAUACAGAAAAAUCUGCCUGUUAUUAUGGAGGAGAUGAAAAACGAAAUUAUUUCAAAGAUUUCAGCAAAUGAGCCUCCUGCUCAGAUCACGGAACCUGUAAUGUCUAAGAAAGACUUUGAGAAAAUGGAAAAAGAAGUAAUGAACAAAAUCGACAAAGUUACCAAUACUAUAGGAAAAAUCGAAAACGAAAUUUCUAAAAUUAAGACAGACAACCAACAAGUUAAAGAUUUACAUAACAAAUCAUCGGAUAACUUGGAAAAAUUAAAAAGACACUUCAAUGACAGUCAACAGUUGUUAAAUAAGUAUGAUAAAAAACUAGGUGACUAUAAUAGUAAAACUGGCAAUAAAGAAAACGAUGAGUGGAAGAAUAAUGUCAUAAAAGCUUUGGAUGGUCAAAAAUCUAGUAUUAAAGACAUUUCACAAGAUCUGAAAAAUCUCCAUGGUCAGGUAAAACAGCUACCACCAAAAGACGUAAUUAAUAAGUUACAAAAUUCUAUUAACAACUGUCAAGACGCUUCAUUAAAACAAGCUUUACAUAAGAUCGAAGGUAUAUUGAAUAAGAGCCACGAUGAGUCUACGAAAACUCUUAAUGUACUGACAAAAUUUACUAAUACUUUUAACAAAAGCCUGGAUAACACCAAUUACGCGAUCAAUUCCCAGAAAUCUAGUGCGAAAGAUAUCUUACAAAAUAUUAAAAGUAUACAAAAUCAACUUCAUAAACUACCCCAGAUAGAAGAAUUGGCAACAAGUCAGCGAGAAACUAAUAAAAAAUUAGAAAUUACCAUGAAAAACAUUGAUAAUGUGAGAGACGUCAGUAACAUGGUUGUUGGCACAACCAACAAUAUCUUGGAUAAUUGUUCUAAAACAAAUAAUGGUUUAGAUUCUCAAAAGUCUUUACAAGAAAUUUUAAAUAAUGUUAAAAACCUACAAAGCCAACGUCAAAAUAUUCCACAGAUUGAUCAAUUAGCAGCUGCUCAACGAGCCGCUGUGAAUAAAUUAGAUGAUGCUGUGAAAAAUAUCCAUGGUUUAACGGAAGUCACAGCUACUCUUAUGAAAAGUAUUGCCAACACAAACAGUGCUUUGGACGUUCAGAAAUCAAAUACACAAGAAAUUUUAAACAACAUUAAAAACGUACAAAAUCAGCUUCCACAAAUAAAUGAACUGUCUGCUGGACAGAGCACUGCCAUUAACAAGUUGGAAGAUACAUUAAAGAAUAUCAAUGGUUUGACAGAAAUUACUGGUACUCUUAUGAAGAGUUUUGCUAAUACAAAUAAUGCAUUAGACCUUCAGAAAUCAAGUAUGCAAGAAGUUCUAAGCAAUAUUAAAAACGUACAAAAUCACCUUCCACAAAUAAAUGAACUGUCUAUUGGACAAAGAAAUGCCAGAAACACAUUGGAAGAUAUAUUGAAGAAUAUCAAUGGUUUGACAGAAAUUACCGGUACUCUUAUGAAAAGUUUUGCUAAUACAAAUAAUGCUCUUAAUGGCCAACAGUCAGAUGUUAAAGAAAUCCUCACAGAUGUAAAAAACAUACAGAAUAAAAUAAACCAAUUACCACAAAGAUACGACCUAGAUCUACAUCAAAAUUCCUCUUUACAAAAACUCAACCAACUGUCAGCUGACGUGUCAGUUUGUAAGCAACAAUCCUCAAACGAAGUUCGACAUAUUCUGGAAAGCAUUAUAAACAACAUCAACAAAACACACGAAGAUACCAUUGAAAAACUUAACGAUCUCUCUGAAAUUACAGCUGCCCUUGGACAGAGCUUUGUAACUAACUACGAUCAAAUUCGAAAUGAAAUUAAAGGUUUAAAUAGGUUAGACCAAGUAAUGAUAAACACUGCCGAUGGUGUUAUUGACACCAAACGAAAAGUAGAGUUUGGAGUGCACCAAAUUUUGGCCGAGAUAUCCAAAUAUUCGAAGGAAACCACUAAACAUGUUCAACAAGCAGUGAGUAACAGACUAGAUACUUUUGAAACGUCAAUUUUGGAUCCCGACACUGGAGCUCUGGCUAACUCAACAUCAAAGAUAGAAGAUGACAUCCAACAAGUGUGGCGGCAAAUUGGAAUAAUGUAUCAACAAAUGAGUAGCAACUCACAAGCUCUUAAACAACUGCAGAAUCAGACUGACGCGUAUAUUACUGGUUCUCUUGGGACAAUGAACAAUGUGAAAGGAAAAGUUGGUCAAAUAACUGGCCGAAUUACCGAGGUUGAUGAAAAUCUUAACUAUCUAAUCGGCAGACUUUCGUUGGUAACGGAAGAAUUUAACAGAAUCAAAACGGGACUCAGCUCUGCAUUAGAAAAAAUCAAAGAAAGUUUCCAUGCGGUACAGGAAAAAGUUGAUGAAGGACCAGGACCACACAAUAUUGACAGCAGUGAGCAAGUGCCUCCCACCGCUUAAUUUUUUUAAUAAUUCUUAUUUAUUGCAAUGUUUGUUCGAGCGAAUAUUUGUAUUUUAGCGUAGCUAGACUUAAUUUUUUAUUAAAGUGUGAGUAAUUCAAAACCGUAAAUAAAAUACAAGAAACUCGUUUAAAAA